CCCGCACCCUCGCUCCCACCACCACUGCCGUGACUCCGCCUCCUCUCGGCAGACCAAAAUCGGCUGCGCGCCGGCCGCACGCCGUGGUUGCGCCCGUCUCUCCGUGCCGUUUGCGUGCGCGGGAGACACCGGUGAGUGAGUGUCUCCCUCUUCCAUUCGACAAACCAGACAACAUUCCAGAUAGCCAGACAGACAGGCUGCCAGACGGACAGCUUGUUAGCCAGCUAUACAGCUAGCUGGCUAGCCAGCCCGCUAGCCAGCCUGAUAGCUAGCUUAGCCUGCCAGCUACCUAGCCAUCCAGUUAGCCAAACAUCCAGCCAGAUAGCCAGACAUACAUCCUAAUCAGCUAUCCAGCCAGCCGGAUCGAUAGCAAGUUAGUUAGCCAGCUGGCCAGCCACUUCGUCAGGUCUCCAUCGUCUCUCUCGGUGCGCAAUUCCUGGCUCCGGUUCCAUCAUCAUCAUCGGGCUGCGGCAUCGGGGAAGAAGAGAAGGAGGGGACAGAGCGCAGGUGGUGGUGGUGGUGGUUGGCGGCGGUGCUGUUUCUGGUGGUGGUGUAAGGGAGGGAGACAGACUUUGGUGAGACUGAGACUGCAGAAGCCGCAGGAUCGAUCAUGGACGUGACUCCACCGCAAGGACUCGGGAGUCCCGACAUAAUGACACAGGCGGACAGCAGCGCGAGCUUCCUUCGCGCCGCGAGGGCUGGGAAUCUGGACAAGGUCCUCGACUGUCUGAACAAUGGCAUCGACAUCAACACCAGCAACCAGAAUGGUCUCAAUGCGCUGCACCUGGCAUCUAAGGAAGGCCACGUGGGCGUGGUCAAGGAGCUGCUGUCUCGAGGGGCCAGCGUCGACGCAGCUACCAAGAAGGGGAACACGGCACUGCAUAUCGCGUCGCUCGCUGGACAGGCGAGCACCGUGGCCAUCCUCGUGCUGCACAGCGCCGACGUGAAUGCGCAGUCGCAGAAUGGUUUCACUCCGCUGUACAUGGCGGCGCAGGAGAAUCACUUGGACGUCGUCAAAUAUCUGCUGGAGAACACAGCCAACCAGGGCAUCGCCACCGAGGAUGGCUUCACGCCGUUGGCCGUGGCGCUGCAGCAGGGCCACGACCAGGUGGUGGCCGUGCUGCUCGAGAAUGACACCAAGGGCAAGGUUCGGCUGCCGGCACUGCACAUUGCCGCGCGCAAGGAUGACACCAAGGCGGCCGCGCUGCUGCUGCACAACGACCACAACGCAGACGUGCAGUCCAAGAUGAUGGUGAACAGAACUACGGAGAGCGGAUUCACGCCCCUUCACAUCGCCGCCCACUACGGGAACAUCAACGUGGCCACGCUGCUGCUGAACCGCGGAGCCGCCGUCAACUUCGCGGCCAACAACGGAAUCACCCCUCUGCAUGUGUCGUCCAAGAGAGGCAACGGGAACGUGGUUCGCCUGCUUCUCGAGCAUGGAGCGAACAUCGACGGCAAGACCCGGGACGGACUGACCCCGCUGCAUUGCGCGGCCCGGAGCGGCCACGAGCAGGUGGUGGAGAUUCUUCUGGAGCAGGGCGCCCCGAUACUCGCCAAGACCAAGAACGGGCUCUCCCCGCUGCACAUGGCGACGCAGGGCGACCACGUGGAGUGCGUGCAGGUCCUCAUGCAGUACCGCGCACCCGUCGACGACAUCACCCUGGACUACCUGACGGCGUUGCACGUGGCGGCGCACUGCGGCCACUACCGCACCGCCAAGGUGCUCCUGGACAAGGGCGCCAACCCCAACGUGCGAGCGCUGAACGGCUUCACGCCGCUGCACAUCGCCUGCAAGAAGAACCGGAUUCGCGUCAUGGAGCUUCUGCUCAAAUACGGAGCGUCCAUCGAGGCCGUGACCGAGUCUGGGCUGACGCCCAUGCACGUGUCUGCCUUCAUGGGAAACCUCAACAUCGUGCUGAUUCUUCUGCAAGGGGGGGCCUCUCCCAACGCCACCAACGUGCGCGGGGAGACUGCUCUGCACAUGGCCGCGCGCGCCGGGCAGACGGAAGUUGUGCGCAGCCUCCUUCGGAACGGCGCUCAAGUGGACGCCAAGGCCAGGGAGGAGCAGACGCCGCUGCACAUCGCCGCACGGCUGGGGAAACUGGAGAUCGUGCAGCUGCUGCUGCAGCACAUGGCCUCGCCCGACGCGGCCACCUCCAACGGGUACACGCCACUGCACGUGGCGGCACGCGAGGGUCACGAGGACGUCACCGCCAUCCUGCUGGAGCACGGCGCCUCGCUCGCCGUCACCACCAAGAAGGGAUUCACACCACUCCACGUCGCAUCCAAGUACGGCAAGAUGGAGGUGGCCAGCCUCCUGCUGCAGCGUUUCGCUUCCCCGGACGCUGCCGGAAAGAAUGGGCUGACACCACUGCACGUGGCUUCACACUAUGACAAUCAGAAAGUGGCUCUUCUACUGCUGGACCAGGGGGCUUCUCCCCACGCGACAGCCAAGAACGGCUACACGCCGCUGCACAUCGCCGCCAAGAAGGACCAGCUGGAGAUUGCGACGACGCUGCUGGAGUACGGCGCCGAGACCAACGCCAUCACGCGGCAGGGAGUGGCGCCGCUGCACCUGGGGGCCCAGGAGGGCCACGCCGAUGUCGCGUCGCUGCUUCUGGCGCGAUACGCCGACGUCAACCAUGCCACCAAGAGUGGCCUCUCUCCCCUGCACCUCGCAGCGCAGGAGGACAAAGUGAAUGUGGCUGAGAUCCUGGUUAAACACGGGGCCCACGUCAACGCCACCACCAAGUUGGGCUACACGCCCCUGAUCGUGGCCUGCCACUAUGGAAACAUCAAAAUGGUGAAUUUCCUGCUUCAGCACGGCGCAGAUGUGAACAGCAAGACCAAGAAUGGAUACACCCCACUGCACCAGGCCGCGCAGCAGGGACACACGCACAUUGUAAAUCUGCUGCUCAAGUGCGGCGCGCGCCCCAAUGACGUCACCGUGAACGGGAACACAGCGCUGGCCAUCGCCCGUCGCCUGGGCUACAUCUCGGUGGUGGACACACUCAAGGUCGUGACAGAGGAGACCAUCACCUCCACAACUACAAUCACAGAGAAACACAAACUGAACGUGCCAGAGACGAUGACAGAAGUCCUGGAGGUGUCCGACGAUGAAGAGCGUAAAAUCUCUGUGCCAGAGAGGGUCAGUGAUGGGGAGUAUAUUUCAGAGCCUGAAGAAGGUGAGGACACGAUGACGGGCGAUGGCAUGGAGUACCUGAGGGCCGAGGACCUGCGUGAGCUGGGAGACGAUUCCCUGCCCUCGAGCCACUUCUUGGAGGGCAGCACGGGCUACAGCAUGGGCUUCGGCAACUGGGCCACACGCUCCGGAAGCCUCCGCUCGUUCAGUUCCGACAGGUCGUACUCGCUCGGACGGGGCCCCUACUCGCGCGAGGCCACGCUCAUCGAAGAGUUCACCGCAGCCACCACCAUCACACAGCUGGCCGCACCCAAGGAGGAGGAGGAGGAAAAAGGCGUGGGAGGGAUGCCAACCAGUUGGGCACCCAUUGAAAUCCUGGACAACGUGGCGCUGUCGUCCAGCCCCAUCCACUCCGGCUUCCUGGUGAGCUUCAUGGUGGACGCGCGAGGAGGGUCGAUGCGCGGCUGCCGCCACCACGGCCUCCGCAUCGUCAUCCCGCCGCGCAAGUGCAUGGCUCCUACGCGCGUCACCUGCCGCCUCGUCAAGCGCCACCGGCUGGCCGCGCUGCCGCCCGUGCUGGAGGGCGAGGGCCUGGCGAGCCGCGUGGUUGAGGUCGGGCCGUCUGGGGGCCAGUUCCUCGGUAAACUGCACUUGCCUAACACCCCUCCCCCGCUCAAUGACGGGGAGAGCCUCGUUAGUCGAAUCCUGCAGCUGGGCCCACCCGGCACCACCUUCCUCGGGCCGGUGAUCGUGGAGAUCCCUCACUUUGCGUCCCUGCGUGGGAAGGAGCGCGAGCUGGUGGUGCUGCGCAGCGAGAACGGAGAGACGUGGCGCGAGCACCAGUCGGAGUGCUCCGAGGAGGAGCUCAACCAGAUCAUCAACGGCAUGGACGAGGAGCUGGACACGGCCGAGGAGCUGGAGCGCAAGCGCAUCUGUCGCAUCGUGACGCGCGAUUUCCCGCAGUACUUUGCGGUGGUGUCGCGCGUGCGCCAGGAGAGCAGCCUCGUGGGGCCCGAGGGCGGUGUCCUAAGCAGCGCCAUCACGCCCCAGGUGCAGGCCGUCUUCCCCGAGGGCUCCCUCACCAAGCGCAUCAAGGUCGGCCUGCAGUCACAGCCGAUCCCCGAGGCGCUGGUCCAGAAGGUGCUGGGGAACAAGGCGGCGUUCAGCCCCAUCGUGACGCUGGAGCCGCGCCGACGCAAGUUCCACAAGCCCAUCACCAUGACGAUCCCCGUGCCGCGCUCCGCCAGCGACGGUUUGGGCACCGCGGGAGGAGAGAUGCCCACGCUGCGCCUCCUGUGCAGCAUCACAGGUGGCACGGCGCCCGCGCAGUGGGAAGAUAUCACAGGGACCACGCCGCUCACCUUCACCAAGCAGUGUGUCUCCUUCACCACCAACGUUUCUGCCAGGUUCUGGCUCAUCGACUGCCGGCAGACGCACGAGGCGGUGAACUUCACGACGCAGAUGUACCGCGAGCUUGUGUGCGUGCCAUACAUGGCCAAGUUUGUGGUGUUCGCCAAGACGCACGACCCCGUGGAGGCGCGGCUGCGCUGCUUCUGCAUGACGGACGACAAAGUGGACAAGACUCUGGAGCAACAGGAGAACUUCAGCGAGAUGGCACGCAGCCGCGAUGUCGAGGUGCUGGAGGGUAAACCCAUCUAUGUGGAGUGCUUCGGCAACCUGGUCCCUCUCACCAAGGCGGGGCAGCAGCACGCCCUCUCCUUCUACGCGUUCCGCGAGAACAGGCUGCCCUUCAUGGUCAAGAUACGAGACAGCAACCAGGAGGCUUGCGGACGCCUCUGCUUCAUGAAGGACGCCAAGACGGCACGGGGCCUCCCACAGGCGGCCGUGUGCAACCUCAACAUCAUGCUGCCACCGUACAAGAAGGAAACUGACUCGGACCCAGAGCCAGAGGAAGAGGCGGACGUGGAAAGCGAGAAGCCGCAGCAACAACAGACGUACUCCACGCUGGGUGUCCAGAUGCGCAAGCGUCCGCGCGACGGUACAGCUGGGGCGCCAGGAGGAGAAAGGGAGGUAAAGUCUCCACAGAGGCACGCCCUCCUCCUCGAAGUGGCCGAGAUGAAGGAAGACCUCCUCAAGGUCACAGCCCUCCUCGGCACUGACUCGGACACCCUCGGCAAGGUGGCCUCCUCCAGGCUGCACUACCAAGGAAGGGCGCAGGGCCUCCACGAUGAGGAGGAGCCCAUGGAGCUGGUGGGGAUGGUCAAGGAGGACCUGGAGCGGGUCAGCGUCAUCCUUCAGCGGGGCCACGACGGAGUGCAUGGAAACAAGCGGGCGGCCGUGGCAUUGGCGCGCGAGGAGGAGGAGAAGGAAGACGAAGAAGACUGGUCCGUCAUCGACGAGGAAGAGGUCGAGGAAGCCGCGAGGGGCGUGGCUCUGGACGAGGAAGACGUUUGGGAGGAAGAGAAGGUCGUGCUGCAAACGGUGCGCCCUGUGGAGACGUUCGCCGCUCGUGCGAAGGAUGAUGCCGGCAUCAUGGAGCUGCUCACAUGGGAUAUGGAAGUGGUGCAAGAGCAGAGCGAGAAACGCGAAGAGGAGAAGAGGGACGAGAUUCAGGGCCGCAAAAUCGUUAGCGAGGACAUCGUGCAGGUGUUCGUCGCCCGGGAGUCUGCGACCGCAGGAUUGUCAGAUACGGAUUACGAUGAGGUCGACGUGCCAGUGGAAAAAGCGGCAGGUGGAGAAUCUCAGCCAGCUAAGAGAACGAGUUCUUCAGAAAUGGAGGCACCACAAGGAAACGAAAUGCCGAUUGUGAGCCCCCCAAUCCCUCCUGUCAGAGUACGAACCCUUUCGAAAACAAUCAAACAGUCGACCCAGGAGCUGAGCCACCUACAUCAGCCUGAGGAGCAAGUUUUAGCAGAGGCAUCAUCUCAGCCGCAGCAGCCCAUCUCGUUUUUGUCGACCGCAGAUUCAGAGCCAGCGCCAAAGUCUCCAGGUGUGGAGGAGACUCCAAUUGGAUCCAUCAAAGAUCGGGUUAGGGCGAUUCAGAUGAAGGUGGAGGCGGAGAAGGGGCAACAACACAAGCGUGCAUCCAUCACCAAAGAGGUGCACACGUUUGAGGAACACGGAGGGGCCAAAACGACCGUGACCUCCACGACAGUGAACAAGGUGACGAAAAUCGUGCAGCUCGAAGACAAAGGCAGGGAGAGUUCAGAGAACCUGGAGGAGACAAUGUCAGUAAAAGACCUGAUGAGAGCAUUCCAAUCUGGCAAAGAUCCUUCAAAAGUCGCCAUGGGACUCUUUGAGUUCAAAUCUGUGUCCGGCGAGGAAAAAGGCAAGCAGGCGAUGACAAAGGUCGAGACAGAGUCAAACGCAGGCAGCUGGGAAGCAUCGACCGAACUGAAACACGAUGACAUCGAGCACGAGCGUGAACACCGCGAGGUGCUCGCGAAAGAGGACGGUGAACCAGACGUAGAAGCCCCCACUAUCAUCUCAGAAGCAACCACAGAUGAUGCAACUAAAGCCACCACGAGCUUCACAGAAGAAGAGGCAGACAGCGCUGACAUCGACAACUUUAGCGAAGUCAGCAUCGUCGCUCAGUGCUCCCAGGUCAUCAUCAACGAAGCUCGCGACGCUUUACCCGAGAAGUUGGGGCAGCAGACGAUGGAGGAGGGCUCCGACGUCACCGAGUCCGGGUUCAAGGAGCCGGGGAGCAGCCUGUCGGCAAACGUGGUCUCGGAUGACCGUCGUUUCUCGGACUGCCAGAUCAGCCCCGACCGGCGGACAUCGACGGAUUUCUCAGAAGACCUGCGCAAUGAACUGGAGGAGAGCGACCGCUACCAGCAGUACAAGAAGAGCACAGACCGACAGACGCUGAGCGAGUUCCACUUUGGCGACAUGAUAUCCAGCCCGUUCCCAACCGAGAGGGAGCGGGAGCAAGAGCGGGAGCAGGAGCGGGAGCAGGAGCGGGAGCAGGAGCGGGAGCAGGAGCGGGAGAGCGCCACUCAACAGGAGGCAGACACACCGGAAGAGCCUUCCCAAAAAGAAGUUGUCGUGCCGGCACUUGAAAAUGGCAGCUCCGACAGCCAAAAGCACGAGGGGAUCGCAGAAUUGUCGAGCGUCAGCCUGGGAGAUGGAACGUCGCACAUCAGCUCCGAGGAAAGCCUCAAGCACGAGGGGCUGGCUGAGACCCUGGAGACGAGUCCCGAGGAUGUCAGCCUCUCCACAUCCCCGCAGAAAGGCACCCAAAAGGACACGGAGGUGUCCAUGGGACAAACCAUCGUCGACUCAAAGACAUCUUCCAAGACCAUCGUGAAGUCAACCAACAUCUCGCACGAUGCUUUUGUGGAGGAAGAAGAGGAGGAGGAGGAGUACAGCCACAGAGGAGUUGUGGAGGUUUGUGUCGCAGGCAGUGAUGAGAUGCCACCUCUUGAAGAAGAUGAAGUCGGAGCUGCAGCUGCAGCAGUCCCACACCCUGCGGCAGCAGACGGUUACGACACACUAGAAGACCGACACCUCUCCGAGAGGCUGCAACAGCAGGAGGAGGAGGAGGAUGAGGGGCUGCUUAUGGUGGGCGGCGGUGAGUACACCUGGCAGAAGAUGACACGGAUGGAGCAGUUGAGCGAACUAGAGCACGCCGUGUCCCCAACGGAGGCCGAGCACAAGAUCGAGCGCGAGCUGUACUCGUCGUACCCGAAGGAGGGCGCCGUGACCGAUGACGAGAGCCCCCCGUCACUGGCAAGGAAUAUUAUCGCGUCCGAAACUGAACUCAUGAGCGACCUCCUGGGACCUGUGGACCCCGACGCCAUCACAUCCCCUACCGGAUCAGACCAGGACACGGAGCGCGACCUCUCGGUCAAAGAGAGCUCCUUUGUGGAAGAAAAAGAAGCCCUGUCUCCCAUCGAAGCCGAGGACCUGGUGGAGUCUGAGGAGAAGCUGGCUCAAGACGUGGUGGACACCCACGAGAUGGACUCUCAGUGGACACAGCUUGAAGAGGACGGCAAAAUGGAGGCGGGGCGACCCAGCAUGGACCUCUCCGGCCUGGUGUCACCCAACGCAAACAGCCCGUCACUCGACGAUUCCAUGAUUGCGCAGAAAGACUCCCUGGAGGGCAGCCCCGACCAGGAGGAGGCCGGAGCGUCUUCGCAGGAGUCUCCCGACUCGCUGGAGCCGAGCCCGCUGAAGGAAUACCCGCUGCCCGACUCCCUCGAGACAAGUCCCGUCAAACUCAGAGCGUCCGAGCAGCUGCCGGAGUUUGCGGGCGUGCACGGGACGUCAAGACGUGGGGCUUCCCAAGAGCUGCCGGACAAACUGAAGAGGGCGAUCGACUCAAAGGGCAAAGCUGAAUCGGCCAUCGGACGAUCACUCAGAGCCAUGAUGUCGCCGCAGGGAAGCCCGGAUGAAGACAGCCUGGAGCAAACGUCCCUCAUGGAGAGUUCAGGGAAGAGUCCAGCCACUCCUGAGACACCCAGCUCGGAGGAGGUGAGUUACGAGGUGACCCCAGGUGCUGUCAUCGACCUCAAGGCACCUCCGCAAAAGCCCAGCGUUAUUCUGGAAGAGCAAGAGGAUGAAGAUAUCUCGGGGACUGAGAACGCACAAGUUGAAAAUGCAACCGACGAGUUCCUCUCAAUGAUGACAGCGAGUGAAGAGGAGCAGCAGCAAGAAUCGAAUAUCGCAAAACCCCCGACGCCAGAGGAAUACAUGUUCAAAAUGGCGGCUAAGAUAAAGACAUUUGGCGUUCUUGAGGAGGAAGCCAAGGCCAGGAAGAAGCCCGAAACGUACUACUAUGAUGACAACAUACAUGAUGACGAUGACGAUAACAUGAAUCUUAGCAGGGGAUUCAAGACGAUUGUUACUCACGAAACUAAGACCGGAGUCACUGGAUCGACCUUUUCAUACGAAUACUCAUCCCACCAGAGCUUUUCACGACAUGACUCUUCCACUGAUCAUCAUGCGACGAUGACAAAGGGCGCAGAACGAGAACAAGAAGAAUUUGGAGCGACUUCCUCUCCAGAAAGUGAGCCAGAGCUCGGGGAGCUGCGGCAGAGCCACGAGAGCGGACUUCUGGAGGAACCGGCGAUUCGCGUUGAGCCACCGUCACCUCUCCCGCCCGGAGCCAAAGACGACGACAGCCCAUCGAGCCCUGAGGAAGAGGACAGCCUCAAGGAUAUGUCGGGUGAUCGCCACUCCUUCGUAACAUCUGCAGCAGAGCACCAACGACUGGAUGGCAAGUCAGAGUUGACACGCGAGCAAGCGAGUGACGCUGCGGGCCACGGAGAGGAAACGUUUGCGUGGACAGAGCAGCAAAGGACAUCAAGCGAGACCUCCACGAUGAGCAGCACCAAAGUAAUGACGUGCAUGCGGCAGAUGGUUGAAACCUCCUCCGCCUACCAAGCUGAGGGACAUUACUCCACAGAAAGGUCCAUGAUGACUUCGGCCAGCGUAAGUGAGGCCGCCCACUUCUCCCAGGCUCAGACGUCAGUUAUGUUCAGCUCAACUGGCAUGACAACAGCAGAGGAAGAGGAGGAGGAGGGGGCGGCGGCAGCUGACUUUAGGUCGUGGGCGAGCGUCAGAGAUGACGACUUGGCCUUCGAGGAACGGCUCAGUGAAGAGGAGCAGAAAGUUGUACGGCUGAUGGAGGAAUCUGCCACCGCUUCACGGAGUGACCACAAGGAAGGAUCGCCGGCUAGAACCCCAACCGGCGUCGAGGUGUCCCCCACCGAGGAGAUCGUCCCCUUCCCGUUCUGCGAAGGGAAGAUGUUCGAGAUGACGCGUGGCGGCGCCAUCGACAUGAGCAAGCGGGAGUUUGGAGAGGAGGGCGUGCAGUUCUUGCAGCUGGGCGAGCAGGAUGGAGGAAACAGGAGGAAGUCGGACGAGGAAUCGGCUGCCGACGGUGGAAAUAUGGAGCUGUGCCCGGGUGACCUCAACAAACCCGUGCAGGAGUUCGGAGGAGAGUCGGCGUCGGAGCAGGCGGACGAUCUGUCGCCUGUACGCGACACUCACCACGGAAUGUUCUCGGAGUCGCUCGACGACAAUGGAUCUGGGGCCACGGUGGCCAAGACGGAGCCCAAGUCCAGAAUCCCCAUCAAAAUGGGCGUCUCUGCCUCAGCGAAGACCACACGCAAGGAGGCGCCAGCUCCCGAGGUUGCCGAGGUGAAGCCGUACGUGCGAGAAUCCUGGGCGGAGCUCUCGGAGAUCGUCAAGCAACAGGACGUCCUCCCUUUGUCGCCAAGGCACAGAGAGGCGGCAGUAGCGGGGUCUGUUUAUCACGAAGACCACGAAGUUGAUUCUCAGCUGAUCGUGGAAAUCCCAACGGCGGAGGCCGCUCCCAUCGACCACCGCUCCAAGAUCCCUGUGCGCAGCACCGCCGUGGUGAGUGCCAUGCCGAGGGACGCGCACGACGAACGGGCCGACAAGCAGAAAGAUGAGCCACAGCAACAACAGCAGCGAGUGACGAGGACGUUGAAAUUUCCAAAGAAACACGAAGACAGCGCAGCGUCCAGGGACCAAGAGAUAUUUGAACAGCAACAGCAGCAGCAGCUCGGUCACAGCAGGCCGACACAGCCGGUGGUUCCCGAGCAGCGAGGAUACGCGGAGCGGGACCUCCUCAGGGAGUUAACGGAACAGGAGUUGAACUUUGAGCUGACGGAGAGUGCGUCCAAGGUGACCAAACCGCAGUCGAGGAUCCCGGUGAAAGCAGCGGCAGGCACGACGAGGGGAGCGCCGGCAUCCCAGCAGCCGGGAGGAGGAGUGGGAGCGGCCGCAGGAGGAUUUAUGUUUGGCGGCGGAGAUCCCCGCUUCCACGACCUGUACCAGCACUCGCUCGAGUACUUCGAGGAGAUCAGCGACGAAGCGCAGAAGCUCGCCGAGCGGCUCACGGAAGACGACGGCUGCGAGGACGACUCGGCCGGCACCGACGACGAUGACGACGACGACGACGACGACGAUGACCGCACAGUGAGGGAAGAGAUCCCGACAGUGGGAGGAGGAGGGGGCGCUGCCUUCCCACCACCACCAUCAGUGGUCACUCAGGCCCACGAGGCCGGGGAGCGAGCAGAAACGCGACCCGUGUGGGAGGAGGCCGUCGAGACGCAGAUGCAGAGGAUUUAUGGAGCCGGGGAGCCUGGCGAUACCCAGUCCAUCGCUCCCGUCACCACACAUGAGCCUAGUCCAAGCGGUGAUGGCGGAGUUCCAGCGCUCGCCGAGAGCCUUGGCCUCAGCUGGCAAGAGCUGGCGAGGGAGCUGGGCUUCUCGGCCGAGCAGAUCCGACAGCUUCGUGAGGACAACCCCGAGUCUCUGGUGGACCAGGCGGCGAGCCUCCUCAAGCUGUGGGCCGAGAGGGAGGGCACCACCGCCACACCGGGGAGACUCAUCCCGGCGCUGGUGCGCGUGAACCGCGCUGACCUCGUGGGGUUGGUGCAGAGCGGACAGAGCGGGCAGCGCGAGAGCGCUGCCGAGGCAUCCUUCUCCUACGGCGAGCUCGAGCAGACCAUGCAGCUCGACACAUCCGCCGGUUUCACCGAAUUCCUGGAGGAAAUCUCCCCGAUGUCACCGGGCGGCGAUGAUGAUGAUGUUGGGGGCCGUGAGAGCCCUAUGCCCUCUGGCCACACCCCACCGUCACUCGUCCAGUGUGCCGGCAUGGCCCAGGCGGAGACACCCUUCCGGUCGAGUCAUCUCGACUCGACAGACCUGGGCUCCCCUGUGGACAUUAGCCCACGUGGCCGCUCUCUCAAUGUCGAUGGUGGUGCUGGCGACGAGGCGGAGCGAGAUGCGGUUACUCCUGACCCGGACGACAGCUUGGAUGCCGAGUCGCCCGUGUUCGAGGAGGACGAGGAUGAGGACAAUCCAGCAGAGGAGUCACCCGUCUCGGACCAGCAACACUCGCCCAUUUCACCGGCAUCGCUGGACAAUUCACAGCAACAUUGCGACAUCACGAGCGAGACCGAUGCAGUAUCACCAACCUCGGAGGUGAGGUCAGUGGAGGUCAUCAUCCAAGACGAAUCGGUGGCGGCAACGUCACGGGAGCGUGCGGCAAGCGAGGGCGAUGACGGCGCGCAGCAGGUUGCCUUCGGUACGUCGGAGACGUCCGAGGAGUGGCUGUCGAGCAGCAGCGUUCAGCGAGAUGAGUGCGAGACCGGCUCGGACCUGGCGGAUGUGGAGGAGCCACGGGAAAGCGUAGAUCUGGACAGUCUCGUGCACGGGCGGCCGCACCUCGGCGAGGCGGCCCACGCGCUUGCCGCCCAGCACCAACGCUUUGAGCACCACGAGCAACAGAGCCGCACGGAGACCACGUUCUACAGCGAGCUGAGCCAGGGUCUCCACGGUAACGGUUUCCAGGCCAGCAGCGACGAAGGCGAGGAUGAGGAACCCGAGCUGAUGAGGGGCGGAGGCGGCUUCGUGCUGCGGCAGCAGCAGCAUCGCCGCCAAGAGGUGACGGAGGGGGUUGUGAUCGAAUCGUCUUCGUCCUCUCACACUUUUGAGGAGCUGUGGACCGCUCCACCGCGGCACAGGCAGGAAACCGAGGCUGCCGCUGCUUCAACGCAUGAGGAGGAAGUGGAGUCUCCGCUGGAGCCGCCUGGCUUCACGAGCCCCACGCCCAGCGACGGAGGCGAAGAGGCGAAACUGUCAUCACAGUUCGACCGAGCGACCGAGUCUCCAGUCGAGGACAAAUCACCACAUCUGGAGAAGGUUGCAUCACCACCGUUCGAGAAGUUUGCAUCACCACAGCUGGAGGAGGUUGCGUCACCACAGCUGGAGGAGGUUGCGUCACCACAGCUGGAGGUUGCGUCACCACAGCUGGAGGAGGUUGCGUCACCACAGCUGGAGGAGGUUGCGUCACCACAGCUGGAGGAGGUUGCGUCACCACAGCUGGAGGAGGUUGCGUCACCGCAGCUGGAGGAGGUUGCGUCACCACAGCUGGAGGAGGUUGCGUCACCACAGCUGGAGGUUGCGUCACCACAGCUGGAGGAGGUUGCGUCACCACAGCUGGGGGAGGUUGCGUCACCACAGCUGGAGGUUGCAUCACCACAGCUGGAGGAGGUUGCGUCACUACAGCUGGAGGAGGUUGCGUCACCACAGCUGGAGGUUGCAUCACCACAGCUGGAGGAGGUUGCGUCAUCGCAGCUGGAGGUUGCGUCACCGCAGCUGGAGGUUGCGUCACCGCAGCUGGAGGUUACAUCACCACAGCUGGAGGAGGUUGUGUCACCACAGCUGGAGGAGGUUGCGUCACCACAGCUGGAGGAGGUUGCGUCACCGCAGCUGGAGGCGGUUACAUCACCACAGCUGGAGGAGGUUGCAUCACCGCAGCUGGAGGAGGUUGCGUCACCGCAGCUGGAGGAGGUUGCAUCACCACAGCUGGAGAAGGUUGCGUCACCACAGCUGGAGGAGGUUGCGUCACCACAGCUGGAGGUUGCGUCACCACAGCUGGAGGUUGCGUCACCACAGCUGGAGGAGGUUGCGUCACCCCAGCUGGAGGAGGUUGCAUCACCACAGCUAGAGGUUGCAUCACCACAGCUGGAGGAGGUUGUGUCACCCCAGCUGGAGGAGGUUGCAUCACCACAGCUGGAGGUUGCGUCACAACAGCUGGAGGUUGCGUCACCACAGCUGGAGGAGGUUGCGUCACCGCAGCUGGAGGAGGUUGCGUCACCGCAGCUGGAGGAGGUUGCGUCACCGCAGCUGGAGGAGGUUGCGUCACCACAGCUAGAGGUUGCGUCACCACAGCUGGAGGAGGUUGCGUCACCGCAGCUGGAGGAGGUUGCGUCACCGCAGCUGGAGGAGGUUGCGUCACCACAGCUAGAGGUUGCAUCACCACAGCUGGAGGAGGUUGCGUCACCACAGCUGGAGAAGGUUGCGUCACCGCAGCUGGAGAAGGUUGCAUCACCUGACAAGCAUCGACCUGAAGUCGACACUUUGGCCUUGGACUCCGAAUAUUCUCUAACACAUAAGAUGCAACCUCAGCCUGAAGCGACGGAGCAAGCACCCGACUUCUCAUCCAUCGGCCACUCUGAGGAAUCUCCUUCUACGGAGUGCCUGCCUUCCCCACACUCGUAUGCAGCUCCACUACAAGUUGCCUCCUCACCCGAAUCCAUGCCUGAGGAGGCGGCGGUAAUAGCCAGCGAUGAUGAAGAAGAGCUCGUGGAAGAAGACAUCCUCGCGCACGAGGUCAUCCACCAGCAUCGUGCUCCACCCACGGUGGAUGCGGAAAAGCUUGAGGAACAUGCCCUUGCGUUGGUGGGAAUCCCAAAGUCGUCACCCACUUUGAAGUCACCGGAUAAGCAGCUGCUGCCGCCACAAGGUGAAGAUUUGCAAGCAAAGACUGAGACUCCGGAUAGCGCUGCUGGGGAACUUGAGGUUGAACGCCAUGCCUCAUCAUCUUACGGACAGGAGACACGGCCGCCAUAUGAUGUCUAUUCACCAGUGGAAUCGGAUGGUCGUGGACAGCCAGCGUUGUCAGACGAUGAUACAGGUGGUGAGCUGCCAAAUGUGGGAAAGGAAGCGCAGUCGCCCAUGUCUCCGAAGGAACGCGCCCAGGCAGCUGAUGGUGACAAUGGAUUUUCAGGUGCAGGAAGGGAGGAGGAAUGUGGUAGAGCGACAGCAAGCCUGGACAAAGAGCGACGUGGACAAUGGGACGAUGACGAAGGUUGGCUCGUUCUGGAAAAUCGCUACUUUCACAGCAAGUCGGAGAGCAGGAUGGAGAGGCGGCAGCAUACCACCACCAAGCACCAUAGCUCCACCACCAGCACAGAGAUGGAACAGACAUUCCUGAUUCUCGAUGGCUCUCAUGAUGAAACAGUCACUGCCACUGGCGACGACCUGAUGCAACCCAGUUCUCACAGCACUACCACCAAAAAUGGACGACUCGAGACAGAACGACUUGAAGUCAUGCAAGAGGUCGGAUUCGCGCAGUGGGGACUGUCAGAUGUGCAAACUGAACUAGAGAAGAUGAUGCCAGAAGAGGAGGAGAGGGAGGAGGAGCUGGUGGAGGAAGAGGACGUCGCAAAGGCAAAGAGUGAAACUGACCUCGCGGAAGAGGUCUUAAAAGAAACAGAUGAAUUUGGCAGUGCUGUUGAUGAAGAGGAUGUUGGUGAUGAUGAUGGUGAUGAUGAUGAAUAUGAUGAUGAUGAUGAUGAAGGGGGGGAGAAGGUGACUACACGAGUGAUUCGUCGCAGAGUCAUAAUACAGGGAGGAGACUUGCAGCAGCUGGGCGGGGAGACUGUGCAUGAGGACCAGUACACGGACGAGUUCGGAAACCUUGUCACUCGAAAGGUGACACGCAAAAUCAUCCACCGCGUACUGUCACCUGAAGAGGUGGAUCAGGCACGGGCGGGCCAGGGCGAUGAGGACAAAGUGGAGGAGUGGAUUGGCUCGGGAUGGAGCCGAGUGGAGGAUCGGCCUGCUGAGCCACCCUCGGAGCCAGCAGGGGCAACUGGUGGCUCUCGCGGUGGCUCCCACGACGGCUCUGAUGGGGCGCAGGGAGGGAUGUGAUUGCCCCACCCGGGUCGAGGCACGCAGGGAGCAACGCUGACCUUCAACUCCACUCCUCUACCACCGUCACCACAACCUCAACAUGAACUUCCAAAACAAAGGCCAACAACUCCCCGAUGCUACCAAUAUACUACCCCACCAAUUCCAGUGGGGGUUAUCCAACCCUCACAUUAUCCAACCCUCACAUUACCCAACUCAACCCUACCCGAUCCCACUUUGCGCUCAUGUCCAUACUAACCCUACUAACCUUAGCACAGCCUUGCACAACCCCUAGCUGACCUAUAUUGGCCUGACUGACCUAAUCCAACUCAACCAGACCAGAGCUUACCUAAACUCAAAGUGUGCUGCGUCACCCGGCGCAUCUUUGUCUGGCCUUACUUAGGCCUGAUCCAAUGCAAACCAACUUUGACCUUACUCCAUUCUAUGGGAAAUUACUCAACAUAAGACUCUUACCCAAGUCAAUCAGAACUGACAAACGAUGCACUACUGAACCCGACUCUACUCUACACACGUGUGCGCGUAGGUGCCCGUGUCAGAGAAAGGGGACGUUAAACAUUGACUACGCCACCUUUACCUACUAGGGGGGCGCAUUGUGAAAUCACGUGGCCCCACCAUUCUUGACCAAAAACUGUUUUUGGAAGUCCACCCUAUGUGUGUGCCCAUGUCUGAACACUGCGAGGCCAGCCUAUGGUGCACCACUAACACGAGCCUACCCACCCAUCUGUCUCGUAGGUCUUUUGGCUGCCACGGCGUUCGAAAAUACUUUACUGCAAGGUGUAUGUUGUCGUUGUCAUCGACACCAGAUUACGUGCGCAUGCGCGCAGUCUCAUAACUUGUCACGUUUACUUUUCUGCCUAUAUAUUUUCUUUGCGCAGUUGACACAUGUCCGGGUGAGCUGCGGUUACAAGCAAGGCUUGCGAUUCAUUCACUCUAGCCACCAAAGACAAAACGCGCGGCCCCAAUUGCUAGCGUGAGCUGUUACUAAAAUCGCUGAACCCUCAAUAGCCAGGUCUCACACGAUUGAACGAUGGAUGACCAUGGUCACCAGGGGUGGCCACCUGUCCCAAGUUUUCCCACCGACCAUCCUGUUUUGUUUGUUUUAAAAAUCGGCCAUUCCCGGAAUUAAGCUUAUUCCUGUGAAAUGGUUCUUGCUUAAACAAAAAUAAUAAUCACAUUACUGUUAAUUUAUUUGUGCGACUUGCGGCUCUAAUUUGUGAUAAGCAAAUGAUGCCACCUAAAUCUUUCCCAGCUCCAGGUGACGUGCAGGGGAUUAAGUGGAAUUAUGUGACCAUGUGUCAAUAGUGCAGGAAAUGCAUUACGAAUGCAUCAGUGCUGCAUAGACUACAAUUUUGUCGUCUGGCAAAGGAUGCUCUGAUGGAGCCACUGCCUCCAUAUUCCAGUUACUCAAUCCACCUGUACACAUGACCCGAGGCUGAUUAAAAAAAAAAACUUAUGGUGGAAUUGUUGCUCCAAAAAAGUUGAACCGCAAAAGUGACAGCUGUGUCCGUAUGCUUUGUGGAGUUUUUUUUUAUGAUGCCGAUUACCUGUCCAGAAUUUUGUUUUGUACCUCAGGUGGUAGCCACAAUUACAGCAGCAGAAAAUGCCAACAGUCACUCGAGCAAAGAUUAGAGCGAGAGCAGGAGAAAUGACAAGACAUAGCCUUCGUGUAGUGUGUGUAAGCUAAGGUACUAAUGUAUGGAAUGUUCAAAAGGCACUAAUAUAUAUUAAGACUACUGAUGUAACUGUUAUUAACUAUUAUAUGUAUGCGAACAAAUGUGCUAAUCAUGUAUAUGCCACAAGUGGCCGACUGCUUCGACAGAAUAAUUUAAUGAGGUGAACAACUCCAUUUGUGGUUUUGAAACAAAGUAAACAAAGUUGAAACUUAGGAUAACACAACAAGUCAAGACACUGAGUAACAUUUUAUAGGAUUGAUGUGUGACCACAUUUUAAAGGAUUUAGUGGCGUGUUACGAUUCCUAAUGUUUCUGCCCCCAUACACUGCUCAUUUAAAAAAGAAACGACACGCAAACCAAGGAUAUUUUAUCGCGAGGGGCAUAAAGGAAACGGACUUCACUAGCGUACCUUCUAAGACUUAAACUUUAAAAAACGUAUGCAGAUUGAGUAUGUAGUUGUAGUGCACAUUAUCUCAGCAUGUCAUGAUCUCUUUUGUAAAAUAUUAAAUGUCCUUCCUGCAUUCACUCAUUAAGUGCUUGAAAACGUCAAUAAAGCCCCAUGUAAUGCGAUCCAUCCAGAGGAAGUGUCGGGUGGGGGGAGGAUGUCAGGCCAUUGAUGGCAAUUACGAUAAUAAUUUAAAUUUGAUUUUGGAGGGGGGGGGGAUCAUUAACAUCAUCCCAUUCGUUCAUUGAGCUGCAGGUUGGUGGUUUGCAUGAAAAUUGUGUCCGGGAAUUCGAUUUUCCCACCACACGUUGCCAGAAGUGCGAUGAUGCAAAAAGUCGCACACAUCACCGUGUGUGUGUGUGUGUAUGUUUGUGUGUAUGUGUGUACGUGCCAUGAGUUUGACUGCACGAGGCCAAUCAGGUGUUAGGUAUAAAAACAAAAUAAGACCCCCCCCCCCCCACCAUGCUGUGCAGUGAGCGUCGGCACUGAAUGUUAUUAAAGCCAGUGUACGCAAACAAAUAAAACGUGAUGGAAAAGAAACCCA